CAGGAACCGGCACAGCGCAGUGAGAACACUAAACCACACGUCUGCCUUCGCUAUUCAAGCUCUCUACCUACCACGUGCCUACGCCCAUAGUCUUGACCGAGAACAAACCCAAGAAUCUUGAGACCACCUCACCUCAUCUCAUACACGACCUCCACAACCAACAGCAACAAUGUCCUCAGAAAACAAACCCUCUUCCCUCCCAGCAACCCUCUUCACCUUUCUUGCCCUCUACCUUACUACACUCUUCAGUCUCGACACCUGGUCCGCCGCGCGCGGCUCGCCCUUCAGUCUCUCCCCUUCCGCGUCCACUUAUUUCCGACCCGGGAACCCCCGGCCUUCGGCCGAUAGCUAUCAAGGGCAAUACCACGCAUCCGGACGACGAGACGGAGGUGUAGGAGGGGGAAGUAGGGGCGUAGGGAGGCUGGCGAAUGCGAGGGAUAGUCGGCCUCCAAUGCCGUUGGUGGGGACGGCUAGUUGUGGUGCUUGUAUGGGCUGAAUUGUGAUGAGGGGCUGGGCUUAUAGGCGGGGGAAUUGGGAGGGGAGAGAAUUGUCUUGCAGCAGCUAGCUGAGAUGUGGGUUCUCGGGGAAUUAGGAACAAGCACCCAGCUUGUGGGAAGCAUAAAUGAACGGAAGGAUGUACGUUACUGUGAUUCUUCACUGGGCCGUGCAAUUCUUGGAGAGAUGGUGAGAAGGUUCAUUCAUCUAGGAAUGGCAUAACAAAGGAUAUAAUCUCGAUGGAUAACUGUCCAGAGAUUUCAACCGGGAUACUUCAUGAAUUUUUUUCCCAGC